GAUAAUGCAUGAGUGUAAAAAGUAUAGCAUUAGAGUAGAGACAGAGAUGGACACACAUCGAUAGGCAGAAAGGGAGGCAGUGAGUACACAAAAAAAAACACAAUAAAAGAAAGAGAGAGAUAGAGAAUUGUACAAGUGUAAGAGGAGUUUGUUAAUGAAAUAUAGAAACAAAUUCAAAUUAUAAUAUCGCUGGGGUGCUCUCUUCAUAUAUAUUUGCUCUGUGACAGGCCACAGAAUGUGUGAUCAGGUAGUACCAUGAACAAUCCCCACAUCGCCUUGUUAUCGGCCGUGCAUGCCAACGAUACGCGCCAUAAUGCCACGCUACGUUCCCAGAGUCGUCCCACGGAUCCACGCCUGGAGCAACUGAUUGUCUAUCGGGCUGUGCUGCAGCAUCUGCUGCUGCAGAAGGCCCACUAUGACCACGAGCGGGAGCUGGAACUCCGGCGUCUCGAGCGAUUCCGCAGCGAGGGAGCCAACGAACGCCGUUUGCAGAUCCAGGAGCAAGUGCUCAAGAAGGCACAGGGCAUGCUGCCUGGCAUCGUUUUCAAAAUGCGCAACGAGGUGGACAAGCUGAAGCGCUUCCUCGACAUCGACAAGGAGCAGGAGCUGCGCCAACUGGACACCACCCUCUACGACAGCUGCGUCGAGCUGCUCAAUAACUGUCAAUCUUCCCUGGAAAACAUUAAUUGAGCUGCCAAGUUAAAUUUCAACAUUCUCGUUUGACAAAUUAAAUAGUGCAAGCAAGAAAUAUAAAAAAAUAUAUAACCCUUCAUUAU